UUAUUAAGAAUAAGAGAAAUGUAGCCUAUGUAAUUACAAAGCAAAGAGCCGAUGAAAAACAAUCGAAUUAUGUUACCAAAUGCCACCAUACGCGGAUAAAAAUAAUAUAUUGUUAAAUAAACUCAAACGGUUUAUCAUUUAUGUUGGUGGCGCAAGUAGCUGAAGUUGUAUAAAAAAAAAAAAGGAAAGAACAAAAUCAAAAGGGAAUAGAAAAAUCCCCAAGCAGCAGCAAAAAACGAAAAAAAAAAAAAAAAAAAGGAAAUUGAAGAAUGGGCGUUGAUUAUUACAAGAUUCUUCAGGUCGACCGGAAUGCAAAAGAUGAAGAUUUGAAGAAAGCGUAUCGCAAACUGGCCAUGAAGUGGCAUCCCGAUAAAAACCCUAACAACAAGAAAGAAGCUGAAGCCAAAUUUAAGCAAAUCUCCGAAGCUUAUGAUGUUUUGAGUGAUCCCCAAAAGCGUGCGGUUUAUGAUCAGUACGGUGAAGAAGGGUUAAAAGGCCAGAUGCCUCCUCCGGGGGCGGGAGGAUUUCAAGGUGGGGCGGACGGGGGUCCGACGAUGUUCCGGUUCAAUACUCGGAGCCCCGACGAUAUUUUCUCGGAGUUUUUCGGGUUUUCGAGUCCGUUUGGCGGGAUGGGUGAUAUGGGUGGGUCACGUGCGGGGCCGUCGGGGUUCCCCAGGGGUAUGUUUGGGGAAGAUAUAUUUGGCUCCUUUAGGGGUGCUUCUGGAGAGGGUUCUACAACCAUGCCCCGAAAAGGACCCGCUAUUGAACGAACAUUGCCUUGCAACUUGGAGGAUUUGUAUAAGGGGACUACCAAGAAGAUGAAGAUUUCUAGGGAUGUUACUGAUGGUAGCGGGAGGCCUACUACGGUGGAGGAAAUUCUUACUAUUGAGAUUAAGCCAGGGUGGAAAAAAGGUACUAAAAUCACUUUUCCAGAAAAGGGAAAUGAGCAACGAGGGGUUAUUCCUUCUGACCUUGUAUUCAUCAUUGAUGAGAAGCCUCACAGUGUGUUCAAGAGGGAUGGAAAUGAUCUUAUUGUUACUCAGAAGAUAUCUCUAGUGGAAGCUCUAACUGGUUAUACAGCGCAGCUGACAACACUCGAUGGACGGAAUCUGACAGUACCUAUUAACAAUAUCAUCAGUCCGACCUAUGAAGAAGUUGUUAAAGGGGAGGGAAUGCCAAUUCCCAAGGAACCUUCUAAGAAAGGAAAUUUGAGAAUUAAAUUCAACAUCAAGUUCCCUACCAAGCUUACAACAGAGCAGAAAACUGGCCUGAAGCGGUUAAUAUCGUCUCCCUAAUAAUAGUUGGUAGCCCUUGCUACUAUCAGCCAACUUGUGUAAGUUCACAUUUGUUUUUAUUUCUUUUGUUUUUUUCUUGGAAGGAAAUUCAUAUGUUGCUGAACUGGGUUUACAUAACAGUUAUCUAGGAGUUUAUGAAUUAUUAUCAUAUAUUUUGUUU